AUGUGUAUCUCAUCAUACAUAUUAAUUCUCUCUCUUUCUCUUUUUUCUCAAGGUUUUCCACUCUCAGCUUCAAAAUCUCUGCAAAAAGGAGAAGAAGGUAUGUUGCUAACCACAUUAAAUCUAGGAAAAACUCUUCAAAAUGGAGAUAGAACUGUGAGCAGAGGCACUAUACCUUUGCUGAAACAUUAUAAGACUGAAGACAGAAGCGUUUUAGAUGAAGAGGAUGACAAAAAGAUGAAGUUUUUGGAUACAGGUUCCAGACAUGAUUUCCUAAAUCAUGUUAUGCCAGUCACCUUGGGUAGAAAACAGCUACCUUAUCUUGCACUGAAGAGAACCAUGACUUUUCCAGCUGACACUGAAACUCAAAAUAUUGAAUCAAUAGAGGAAAGAGAGACUGCAGAUGAAGAAAAUUCAGCUAAAUUCCCAAUAGGAAGAAGAGAUUUUGACAUGCUCAGGUGUAUGCUGGGAAGAGUCUAUCGACCUUGUUGGCAAGUCUGA